AUGGCGGCCGGGCGGCAGCCUACUGACGCCGUUGAUCGCUAUGUAGCUAAACUUACUAGGCAAGCUACGACAGGAGAUGAUAUGGCAAGGCGAGGUCUUUCUCUCGCUAGAAUGUACUUUCAAGUUCAAGAUCUAGAGUCCGCUAAGAGGCAUUUGUUGAGAUACCUUGGCUUUGACAAUCGGAAUCACUCAGCUCAGAAACUAAUGGGUUACAUAUAUGAAAAGCUUGGAAACAUGGGCCAUGCUUUGUACCAUUAUGAAAUGUCUCUGAAACUUCAAACUCAACGAGAUGUUGCUGUGAAAGUGGCACAACUCUAUUGUUCACAGCCUCCAAAGGAUUUGAUAGUAUGAAUAUAUCUAUAUCUAUCUAUAUAUAUAUAUAUAUAUACUGCGCUAGCGAUGCUUCUGUCCGUCUCAGCCCUUAUGAGGAAGUUGUGUCAUG